AUGGUCAGCACGAGGAGUACCACGGAGAACAGAGCAAAAGAGGGCACAGAAGGGGAACAAGUAGAACCCACCAUCGAUAUUGAACUAGGGACACCGGAUCAAAGUGUGGAUGAAGUGGGAAAGAAAACGACAGAGUCAACUCCGAUGCCCAAUGCGGAAGAACCUAACCCGAAGCCCAUGGAGUUCUCACCGAUAGACAACGUGGAAGACACAACAGGCGACACGCCAGAAACGGUGAAGGAUGAGUCUCAAAAGAAAACGUGUUUUACUGAAAAAUUGGCGAUGACGGUCGGAAUGAGAUCGAGAGGCGCAACAGUGGAGGAGACGAAAGCCGAGAAAAGCAAAACAUUUGGAACAGUAUCCACGAGAACGACAGAGACCGACCAAAACGAGGAUCAGAAAAAACCGGGACCAGCGACCGACUACAGGACAACGACGGACCAUGGAACAACUACUCUUGAGCUAAGCGACUUGAUGGCGAAGCUAGAUCAGAUAGAUGAGAAACUGAAGCACAUGGAAGAGGAUAGAAAUACAAAGUUAGACGCUAUCUUGAGGAAUUCAGCACCACAAGACAGGGCAGCGGCGGAGCGGACACAAGGUAAUAGAGUUGACUUCGUGGAACCACAAAGGAACAAACGACAGUCAACACCGUUACCAGUAACACGGGAGACUGCAAGUACGGCACCGGUGGGGGCCAAGGCGAUUAUAAAAAGUGGAACAGCGAACACAACAAGUGGUCCAGGAGACUCCACGACUCACAACAACGUGGGACCGGAUGCCAUGACAUGGGGCAGGAUGGUGGACAAACACGGCAUCAGACCAGAUCCAGACGCAGUAGAAGCAGUUCUAACUUGGAAAUCGCUGACUUAA